AUGGGAAGGAGUGAGCCGUGGAUUAUAGCUGGGGACUUCAAUGUGAUAGCGUCCUCGGAAGAGCGGAGAGGGGGGCGUCCAGCUAAUGGCACUAACAUGGACGAGUUCAAUUCAUCUAUGUUUUUGUGCGGGCUCUCCCCGGUUGACUAUGAUGGGUGUCCCUUUACCUGGACGAAUGGCACGGUUUGGCAGCUUUUGGACAGGGCUCUCAUUAAUGCCCGGUGGGCGGCGGCAUAUCCAGUCACAAGAGUCUCUCACUUUUCUCGUGAUCAGUCCGAUCAUGCGCCACUCUUGAUCAAAGCGGGGUUGGAGACGUCAGUUCGGACUUCUUUCAGGUAUCUAAACAUGUGGCAUCGACACCCGACCUUCUGGGAAACGGUAUCAACAGUCUGGCAAGGGUCGGGUUCAGGAGUCGGGAUGCACCUUUUCUACUCCAAGUUGUCGUCCCUUCGAACUCAGCUGAGAAAGUGGAACAAGAAGGAGUUCGGGAAUAUAUUUGCUCGAGUUCAGUCAAUAGAGGAUACAUACAAACAACAGGAGGCGGAAUUCGACUCAAGAGGAGACGUUUCCUCGAAGACCCGUUUACAUGAGGCAAGGGCCAUGCAGCACUUCGGUGGAUCAAGGAGGGGGAUGCAAACUCCUCCUUCUUCCACUCAGUGGUCAAACUCCAACUAUGUCGCGCGGGUUAAAGAUGAAGCUCUGGGCUGGAUUCAGGACGUGGACGACAUUCAAGAUUCAGCAGUACGAUUUUUCUCAGCAUUAUUCCAAUCCAGUGGGUUUGUCCCUCCUCCCACUCUGCCCCUAGAAUUGCCUAGAGUUGCGACGGAAGAGGACGAGGGGUUGCGGCAUUUACCGGAUCUGGAGGAGAUCCGAGCAGUGGUUUUCUCUAUAGAUGCAAGUAGCGCUCCGGGGCCAAACGGGUUUGGGGCGGGCUUUCUGUCAACAGUGCUGGGAGAUUAUCAAAGAAGAUCUACUUGGGGUAGUGCAGGAUUUUUUUAA